AUGCCGAGGGUCUCACUGGCACAGCGUGCAGGCCAAGGCAAUCGUUCCUGUGCUGUCUGCCGUGGCCCGUGGCACGUUGUGGUUGCUGGAUGUCUGCCUGAAUCUAUUAUUGCAGCAGCGUGUGCCAGAAGUGGCCAGAGUGUUCUUCAUGUUGAUUCGAGAAACUACUAUGGUGGAAACUGGGCCAGCUUUAGUUUUUCAGGAUUAUUGUCCUGGAUUAAAGAGAAUCAGCAAAAGACUGAUAUCAGUGAUGAAUGUGAAGACUGGAGAAAAUUGAUCCUUGAGAAUGAAGAAGUUAUUUCUCUUAGCAAGAAGGAUAGAACUAUUCAACAUGUAGAAGAUUUCUGUUUUGGCGAUCAGGAUUCAGCUGAAGAUGUUGAAGAAGCUGGUGCAUUGCCAAAGCUGCCCAUCUUCAGAGCCUCUGGUGCUGAGGGGGUUGCUCAGGAAUCAGAAAAAGAGUCCCUGCCAAUGGAGAGCGCCUUACCGGAGAUGGAGAGCCAGGAACCAGGCAAGGCUACAGACACUGAGACAGCAAGUGCAGAGGAAGGGAAUGAGACUGAAAUAACCUCUCAGAAUGAAAGUUCGGAUCAUACAGCUUCAGAGUCCGCUCUGGAAUUGGGAAAAACUGAAGGUGCACCUUCAGAAAUGUCUCCCCAAGAACCAAAGAAAAUUACGUAUUCCCAAGUUGUUAGAGAAGGCAGAAGGUUUAAUAUUGAUUUAGUUUCCAAGUUGCUUUACUCCCGAGGUCUGUUAAUUGACCUUCUGAUUAAGUCGAAUGUUAGCAGAUAUGCAGAGUUUAAAAAUGCAACACGAAUUCUUGCCUUUCGAGAAGGAAAAGUAGAACAGGUACCAUGUUCUAGAGCAGAUGUCUUCAACAGCAGACAGCUCACUAUGGUGGAGAAGAGAAUGCUAAUGAAAUUUUUGACAUUUUGUUUGGACUAUGAACAACACCCUGAUGAAUACCAAGACUAUGAGAACAGUACGUUUGCUCAGUUCUUAAGAACACGGCAGUUAACACCCAGCUUGCAGCACUUCAUUCUUCACUCCAUUGCGAUGGUAUCAGAGACUGAGUGCAGCACUCUCGAAGGCCUCCAGGCAACAAAGAAGUUUCUUCAGUGCCUUGGCCGCUACGGCAAUACACCAUUUUUGUUUCCUCUGUAUGGUCAAGGAGAGAUCCCACAGUGCUUCUGCAGGUUGUGCGCUGUGUUUGGUGGUAUCUAUUGUCUUCGCCAUCCUGUGCGGUGCCUUGUAGUGGACAAAGAAUCUGGACGAUGCAAAGCUAUUGUGGAUCAUUUUGGACAAAGAAUAAGUGCUAACUAUUUUAUUGUGGAAGAUAGUUACCUUUCAGAGAGCGUGUGCACAAAUGUGUCUUACAGGCAGAUCUCCAGAGCAGUGCUCAUUACAGAUCGGUCCGUACUAAACACAGAUUCAGAGCAGCAGGUUUCCAUUUUGACAGUGCCUCCAGAGGAGCCAGGCAAACCAGCAGUUUGUGUCAUCGAGUUGUGUUCCUCAACUAUGACGUGCAUGAAGGACACUUAUUUAGUCCAUUUAACCUGUCCAUCAACUAAAACUGCUAGGGAAGAUUUAGAGCCUGUUGUACAGAAGUUAUUCCAUCUAAAUACAGAAAAAGAGACGGAAAAUGAAGAACUGGAAAAACCUGGAGUCCUCUGGGCAGUGUACUUCAACAUGAGAGAUUCUUCAGGAGUUGACAGAAAUUCGUAUGAAGGCUUACCCUCAAACGUUUAUGUCUGUUCUGGACCAGACUCUGCUUUAGGAAAUGACUGCGCUGUCAAACAGGCUGAGACUAUUUUCCAAGAAAUGUUUCCUGCAGAGGAAUUUUGCCCACCACCACCAAAUCCAGAGGAUAUUAUUUAUGAUGAAGAUGAGAUUGCACCAGAAGAGUCUGAAGUCAGUAAUUCACCGGAGACAAAACCUGAACCCUCAGCUGAGGAAAGCAGUAGUGGAGGUAGUACUGCUGUUAAGAAGGAAGAUAAUGAAGAAUGA